AUAGAAAGGAGUGUCAACACUUUGUGACAAGUGGUUGCCUGAAGCCUUCUCCUUAUUAUGGACAGGUCUGACACGCCAGGGGUUUAUUGCAAACGCCAGGUAAGAAUCGCGCUAAGUGAUGCGUGCCGGAUUGGGGUUUCCUAUUCUUCUAACUUAGCUCCGAUGAUGAAUGGCUGAGCAUAGAACAAUUGUUGGCCGCGCAUGCAAGAGGCAAAACGACCACUUGUUCAAUCCAUCGUUCUAUUCUUUUGGAAAGAUUCAAGCGACGAUCUACUUGUCAAUCCUUCCAGUACCCUCAAUGCGGUGAUCAAAUAUGAUACUCCGGUCCCUUUGUCGCGGUGCGGUGGCCUCGUCACUUGCCCUGUUCGUGCUGCUGUCCUUUUCGCCGCAGCCUACGCAAGCGAAGAAAGACGGGCCUACCAUCUCCUCCACCACUUUCGACAAUCCGCUAGAGAACGUCUUCUACUUUGACGACUCAAAUGUCAUCAUCGGUCAAGAUAGAGAAGCAAAUUCCGUCUGGCGGAGCGCUGACGCCGGUGAAACAUGGGUGGAAGUAAAUGCCGACGGCCAAUCUGGCAACGCAUGGGACUUGGUCGCACAUCCAUGGGACGACAAGCGCGCCUAUAUCCUCGGGCUGGGAUCAGAUCACUGGAUGACGAAUGAUCGAGGCUUAACAUGGCAGAAGUUCAACACUGCAGGCACCGGCCUUGCUUUGUUUCGCCCCAAUCCUCUUGCCUUCCAUGGCCGAGACCCGAAACGAGCUAUCUGGAACGGCGAGCAAUGUAUUGGCCUGCUCUGCGUGGAGGUUGCCCUAUAUACAGACGACGACUUCAAGACCGUCACUAAGAUGAGUAGCCAAACAAGAGGGUGUCAAUGGGCUAUUGGCACACCGGAGUUUGCGGAAGAGCUCACAGCUGAAAUCAAUGAUCGCGUCCUCUGCAUUGUGGAAGGACUGUACUCUCCAUGGCCCAAGGACAACCGUCUUAUGGUUUCCGAUGACUUCUUUGCUCAGCAGGAGGUCGAACCUACAUUGGAUGAUGGUCGAGCAGUCACCGGCAUCAUCAGCAUGGCCUCCGUUAAAGGUUUCUUGGUCGCCGCCGCCAAGUCAGAAGGCACAGACGAAUUGGCUCUAUAUGUCACGAAAGAUGCGUCGCAGUGGCACAGGGCGGAGUUUGGGCAACACCGAAUCAACGAAGAUGCCUACACCAUUCUCGAAAGCACAAACUACAGUAUGCAAGUUGACGUCCUCGGCUCGCGACCCUCAAACCCCAUGGGUUUCCUCUUCACCUCGAACUCGAACGGAACCUACUUUACCCGCAAUAUCGAUUAUACAAACCGUAAUGUUUAUGGGCGGGUGGAUUUUGAAAAGGUACAAAAUAUACGAGGCAUCAUACUUGUGAACGUCGUGGACAACUUCAAAGAAGUCGAAGGGUCGACCCUCGCGGACAAGAACAUCAUAUCUCAAGUCAGCUUCGACGAUGGUAGAACGUUCCAGGAUCUCAUGGCCGACGAUAAAAAACUACAUUUACAUUCGGUGACCGAUGCGAAGCAGACCGGUAGGAUAUUCUCGAGUCCAGCACCAGGCAUCGUGAUGGGUAUUGGCAAUACUGGCAAGUACCUGAAAGACUACACCGACGGUGACCUCUAUGUUUCAGAUGAUGCCGGAGUGACCUGGUACGAAGGCCUCGACGGUGCCCAUCUAUACGAGUUCGGAAACCAGGGUGCAGUAAUUGUCGCCAUCGAUGACGAAGACACCACCAGCACACUCAAGUUCUCAAUCGACCACGGGAAAACGUGGACAAAGGCCGAUUUGGGCGAGGAGAACAUCCGCGCCAAAUUCAUCACCACGGUCCCUGAUUCGACCACUUUGAAAUUUCUCCUCAUGGGCUCCCGCGGAUCUGGAUCCAAGACCGAAUGGUUGAUAUUCAAGAUUGACUUUGAGGGGCUUCACGAACGUGCUUGCAAGGAGUCCGACUUUCAAAGAUGGCCCGCUCGCGUCGACGCAGAUGGCUCACCAAGUUGCAUAAUGGGUCAACGACAAUUCUUCCGUCGCCGCAAAGCGGAUGCGAAAUGCUUCAUCGAAGAGGAAUUCAACGAUCCAGAACCCGAAAACGAGCCUUGCAAAUGUACAAUGGCUGACUUCGAGUGUGACUACAACUUCGUACGAGAUCCGGAAGAUCGCACAAAAUGUAUUCCGGCAACUACACUCGCCGUCCCUAAAGGUGCCUGCAAGGAUCCAAAGGAUACUUAUCUAGGACCUUCUGGUUGGAGACUUAUUCCCGGCAACGAAUGCCUCCGUAAAGGCGGAGAAGAGCUCGAUCAAGAAAUUGAAAGACCAUGUUCGGAUGCCAACAAGACGCCAGCUUCAGGCGAAGUUGCUGUCGAGAAGACAAACUUCAAUGCUGACCGAUUCUCGGAGUGGUAUUAUCUGGAAAGAGGCGAAACUUCCAUCGGCACGGACGAAACAAUUGUCAUGCGUACAAGCGAACAGGACAUCUACUUGAGUAAGGACCAUGGCAGAACUUGGGAUCCCAUCCUGAAAGGCGAGCCUAUUACAGCUAUCACCCCCAACCCCAACCACCACGAUGUUGUCUAUUUCCUCACAGGUUCAAGGACUGUGCACUAUACCAUCGACAGAGGAGACAGGUUCGACCAAUUCAGUGCACCUGAACGUCCUAGCAACUUGAGACUGCCUACGAUGAAGUUUCACCCUGGGUAUAAGGAUUGGCUGCUGUGGUCUGGUGCAGCAGGAAAUGACGAUCAUACAAACAUCUUCUUCUCCAAAGACCGUGGUGAUAACUGGGAUACACUUGUCCGCUACGCCAGGAAAUGCGACUUCAUCACGAGGGAGAAUCAACCGGGCUCGGACAAACUCAUCUAUUGCGAACAGUAUGAGGAUGAGAACCCAGACAAGAACCUGAUGCUCGUGUCUAGCGACAAUUUCUUCAGCAGUUCCGAGGUCCAUUUCCCUGAUAUCUUGGACUAUGCAACCAUGUCUGAGUUCAUCAUCGUCGCUACAAAGACUGAAGACCAGCAAGGGCUCAAGGUUGACGCAAGUGUCGAUGGACGCACAUUCGCACCAGCUGAGUUCCCCAAGAACUUCCAAGUUCAACAUCAACAGGCAUACACAGUGCUUGAUAGUUCGACUCAUGCCGUGUUCCUUCACGUCACGGUCAAUCCGGCUCCGGAUCGUGAGCAUGGAGCAAUCAUCAAGUCGAACAGCAAUGGUACCUCAUAUGUCUUCACUCUCGGUGCCGUCAAUCGAGACACAGAUGGCUUCGUUGAUUUUGAGAAAAUGCAAGGCCUCGAAGGCGUGGCAAUGGUCAAUGUUGUUUCCAAUAUUGCCGAAGUCAAUGAUGGCGAAAAGAAGAAGUUGAAAUCGAUGAUUACUCACAACGAUGGUGCAGAAUGGGCUUUGUUGCCGCCACCCAAGAAAGAUGCGCUUGGAAACGAAUACAAAUGUGUCAAGGAAGACAACGUAGCUAGUGGGAAGUGCUCCCUACACAUCCACAGUUAUACUGAAAGGUCUGAUAAGUCAGCUACUUUCUCCAGCCCCAGCGCGGUUGGGCUGAUGAUGGCUGUGGGUAACGUGGGUGAAUACCUCACUCGAAAGGACGAUGAGUAUACAGAUACCUUUGUCACCCGCGAUGCAGGCAUUACCUGGACAUCGGUCAUGAAGGGCAGCUACAUGUGGGAGUAUGGUGACCAGGGCAGUGUCAUUGUCAUCGUCAAGGAAUCUCAACCUACAAGGGAACUUUUCUACACUCUCGACGAGGGCAUUUCAUGGAAGAAAUACGAAUUCUCACCCAGCGUGGAUAUGCAAAUCGACGCCAUCACAACUGUGCCUUCCGAUAACUCUCUCAACUUCCUCCUCUGGGGCCGAGAAGUGGGAGCCAGUGCCAAGCGUGGUAUUUUCACAGUGGCCCUGGAUUUCACCGGUCUCAACGAGCGCCAGCGCAAGUGCGAUCUGGACGAGAACAACCCUAUCAACGACGACUAUACUCUGUGGGAGCCCAAACAUCCUUUGCAAGACUCCAAUUGCUUGUUCGGACAUGUGGCUCAGUAUCACCGAAAGCGAGCGAAGGCGGAAUGCUAUAACGGCAAGAUGCUCGACCACCUUCACAGCAUUGCCCAGAACUGCAGUUGCACGCGUCAAGACUUUGAGUGCGACUACAAUUACGAAGCUCGCGCAGACGGUGUCUGCGAGCUGGUCCCGGGCAUGGAACCUUUGGAUCACGAAAAGCAGUGUCGCGAAAAUCCAGAGCAAGUCGAGUUCUGGUAUCCGACUGGGUACAGACGGAUACCACUGACAACGUGCCAGGGGGGACCAGAGCUGGAUAGGAUCGAGAGCAGGCCCUGCCCAGGACACGAGAAGGACUAUGAGAAGAAGCACGGCAUCAGUGGCGUGGGUUUGUUCUUUGCUAUUUUCAUUCCUGUCGCUGCGGCCUGUGGCAUCGGGUACUACGUGUACACGCAGUGGCAGGCUGGGUUCGCUGGGUUCGGCCAGAUCAGGCUUGGCGAGAGCAUGGGCCAGAGUCAAUCGGGAGAUCCGUUGUGGCAGACAGUGCCUGUGGCGAUUGUCAGUGGUGUCGUGGCUGUGGCCAAGGCGACGCCCUUGGUCAUCUUGAGUCUGUGGAGGAGUGUCAAGGGGUAUGUGCCUCUUGGGUCUGGUGGGGGAGGAUCCGGAGGACGUUUCGGACUUGGGAGGGAUGCUGGCGCGGCUGGGUAUGGCGCGCCGUAUCGUUCGAGGGAUGCGUUCGCUAGGCGUGGGCAGGAUUACUCUCAGGUCGUGGAGGAUGAUGAGUUGCUGGGGGAUGAUUUGGGUGACGAAGAAGAAGUUUGAGAAGGGGCGAGGCAUGAAGCUAGGAUGGCCUGGUCUGAUUUUGAACAAGGAAGGGGUCAAGUGAUGCUAGCCUCUGUUUUGGUGUACGCUCCCCCUCGACAAGACCACCAGAC